AUGUUGGAGACCGAGCGAUUAGUGUUGCCUCCCCCAGGUCCUCUGGAUCUGCCUCUUAGGGCUGUGGAGUUGGGAUGCACUGGGCGCUGGGAGUUGCUGAACGUACCUGGAGCUCCAGACAGCACUCUUCCCCAUGGACUUCCUCCCUGUGCCCCAGAUCUGCAGCAAGAAGCAGAACAGUUGUUUCUGUCCUCCCCAGCCUGGCUGCCUCUGCAUGGCGUGGAGCACUCAGCCUGGAAAUGGCAGAGGAAGACUGAUCCCUGGUCUCUCCUGGCUGCUCCGGGGUCACCAGUUCCCUCUGACCUACAAGCCCAAAGACAUUCAACCACGGGCCAGAUACUGGGCUACAAAGAGGUCCUUCUGGAGAACACCAACCUCUCAGCCACAACCUCCUUGUCUCUUCGCCGGCCCCCUGGGCCCUUAUCACAGGCCUUAUGGGGAAAUCCAACACAGUACCCUUUCUGGCCAGGUGGAAUGGAUGAGCCCACAAUAACAGAUAUGAACACUCGUGAGGAGGCCGAGGAGGAAAUUGACUUUGAGAAAGAUCUUCUUACUGUUCCUCCUGGCUUCAAGAAGGGUGUGGAUUUUGCACCAAAGAAUCACCCAGCUUCAGCUCCUGGGUUACUCAGCCUCAGUCGUCUCCUGGAACCCCUUUAUUUGGGUGGGGGCGAUGAGGAUGAGAGCGAGACAGUGGGAAAACCAGGAAGUACAAGAGAAGACACCGUUUCAGCUUCUCCAGCUUCUUGCAGUGCUCCCCUAGUUCGAGCAAGCAGCUUAGAGGACUUAGUGUUAAAGGAAGCAUCUACAGUGGUAUCCUCCCCAGAGGCUCCCAAGCCCCCACCUCAGGAACAGUGGGCCAUUCCUGUGGAUGUCACCUCCCCUGUUGGGGAUUUCUACCGCCUCAUUCCCCAGCCAGCUUUCCAGUGGGCAUUUGAGCCUGAUGUGUUUCAGAAACAAGCCAUCCUGCAUUUAGAACGGCACAACUCUGUCUUCGUCGCAGCUCAUACAUCUGCAGGGAAGACGGUUGUGGCUGAAUAUGCCAUUGCCUUGGCCCAGAAACACAUGACUCGUACUAUCUACACAUCACCCAUCAAAGCCUUGAGCAACCAGAAGUUCCGAGACUUCCGGAACACAUUUGGGGAUGUGGGGCUGCUCACUGGGGACGUGCAAUUGCACCCAGAAGCUUCCUGCCUUAUCAUGACGACAGAGAUCCUCCGCUCCAUGCUGUACAGUGGUUCAGAUGUCAUUCGGGACCUAGAGUGGGUCAUCUUUGAUGAAGUUCACUAUAUCAAUGACGCUGAGCGUGGGGUCGUGUGGGAGGAAGUGCUUAUCAUGCUCCCUGACCAUGUCUCCAUCAUCCUGCUGAGUGCCACCGUCCCCAAUGCCCUGGAAUUUGCUGACUGGAUUGGGCGACUGAAGCGUCGUCAAAUCUAUGUGAUCAGCACGGUCGCCCGCCCUGUCCCUCUGGAGCAUUACCUCUUCACAGGGAACAGCCCCAAGACCCAGGGGGAGCUCUUCCUCCUGCUAGACUCCCGAGGAGCCUUCCAUACGAAGGGAUACUAUGCAGCAGUGGAGGCCAAGAAGGAGAGAAUGAGCAAGCAUGCCCAAACCUUUGGGGCCAAACAACCCACCCACCAGGGGGGGCCUGCUCAGGACCGAGGUGUGUACCUGUCCCUGCUGGCUUCUCUCCGAACUCGUGCUCAACUGCCUGUGGUGGUGUUCACCUUCUCUCGGGGCCGCUGUGAUGAACAGGCCUCCAGCCUCACCUCCCUUGACCUCACUACAAGUUCAGAGAAGAGUGAGAUUCACCUUUUCCUGCAGCGCUGUCUCGCCCGCCUCCGUGGCUCUGAUCGCCAGCUGCCCCAGGUCCUGCACAUGUCAGAGCUCCUGCACCGUGGCCUGGGUGUGCACCACAGUGGUAUCCUGCCCAUCCUUAAGGAAAUUGUGGAGAUGCUUUUCAGUCGAGGCCUGGUCAAGGUCUUGUUUGCCACAGAGACCUUUGCCAUGGGUGUAAACAUGCCCGCCCGAACAGUGGUGUUCGACUCUAUGCGUAAGCAUGAUGGCUCCACCUUCCGGGACCUGCUCCCUGGGGAGUACGUGCAGAUGGCAGGCCGGGCUGGCCGGCGGGGCCUGGAUCCCACUGGCACUGUCAUCCUGCUUUGCAAGGGCCGUGUGCCUGAGAUGGCAGAUCUGCACCGUAUGAUGAUGGGGAAGCCGUCCCAGCUGCAGUCCCAGUUCCGCCUCACGUACACCAUGAUUCUCAACCUGCUGCGUGUGGACGCACUCAGGGUGGAGGACAUGAUGAAGAGGAGCUUCUCUGAGUUUCCGUCUCGAAAGGACAGCAAGGCACAUGAACAGUCUCUGGCUGAGCUGACCAAGAAAUUAGGGGCUCUAGAAGAGCCUGAUGUGAGUGGCCAGUUGGUUGACUUGCCUGAGUAUUACAGCUGGGGGGAGGAAUUGACAGAGAUUCGGAGCCUGAUCCAGCGGCGCAUCAUGGAGUCCGUAAACGGGCUGAAAUCUCUCUCAGUGGGAAGGGUGGUGGUCGUGAAGAAUCAGGAGCAUCAUAAUGCCUUGGGGGUGAUUCUGCAGGUCUCCUCAAACUCCACCAGCAGAGUAUUCACAACUCUUGUCUUGUGUGAUAAGCCCAGUGAGGACCUGAAAGACCGUGGGCCAACCACCCCACAUGUACCCUUUCCAGAUGACCUCGUGGGAUUUAAGCUGUUCCUGCCUGAAGGGCCCUGUGAUCAUGUUGUGGCCAAGCUCCAGCCAGGAGAUGUGGCUGCCAUCACCACUAAGGUGCUCCGAGUGCACGGGGAGAAGAUCUUGGAGGAUUUCAACAAGAGGCAGCAACCGAAAUUCAAGAAGGACCCUCCUUUUGCAGCUGUAACCACUGCUGUCCAGGAACUGUUACGCCUGGCUCAGGCCCACCCAGCAGGACCUGCUACCCUUGACCCUGUCAAUGACCUGCAGCUCAAGGAUGUAUCAGUGGUGGAGGGUGGUCUCCGGGCCCGCAAGCUCGAAGAGCUGAUCCAGGGGGCUCAGUGUGUGCACAGCCCCCGGUUCCCUGCCCAGUACCUGAAGCUACAUGAGCGAGUGCAGAUACAGAAGGAGAUGGAACGGCUGCGUUUCCUGCUGUCAGACCAGUCACUGCUGCUGCUUCCCGAGUACCACCAGCGAGUAGAGGUGCUCCGAACCCUGGGCUAUGUGGAUGAAGCAAGCACUGUGAAGCUGGCGGGGCGGGUGGCUUGUGCUAUGAGCAGCCAUGAGCUGCUCCUCACUGAGCUCAUGUUUGACAAUGCACUAAGCGCCCUGCGGCCUGAGGAGAUUGCAGCCCUACUCUCUGGCCUGGUCUGCCAAAGUGCUGGAGACCCUGGGGACCAGCUCCCGAGUACCCUCAAACAGGGAGUGGAGCGGGUUCGUGCUGUGGCCAAACGGAUUGGUGAAGUCCAGGUAGCCUGUGGCCUGAACCAGACAGUGGAGGAGUUUGUUGGAGAGCUGAACUUUGGGCUGGUUGAGGUUGUGUACGAGUGGGCCCGGGGUAUGCCGUUUUCUGAGUUGGCAGGGCUCUCAGGGACCCCUGAAGGCCUGGUGGUCCGUUGCAUCCAGCGCCUGGCUGAGAUGUGUCGCUCGCUGCGUGGGGCAGCCCGCCUGGUAGGAGAGCCUGUGCUAGGUGCCAAGAUGGAGACAGCCGCUACACUGCUAAGGCGGGACAUCGUCUUUGCAGCCAGCCUCUACACCCAGUGA